CUCCCGAAAUAAUUUUUUGUCUAUUGUUCUGAUCCUAGGAUUUGAGUGAAGAAAAUGGAAGGAGAAAAUAGUAUGGAGAAAGGAUUAUUAUUGGUGAAUAGGGAAGAGGUCACUGCAAGAACAACUCUGCUUCUUGUCUUCUCCACCUUCAUCAUUGUCUCCGCAUCUUUCUCCUUUGGCAUUUCCGGGGGUUAUACUGCAGAUACAAUGUCAUCCAUUAUGACAGACUUGGAUCUUUCUCUAGCACAAUUUUCACUGUUUGGUUCACUUAUGACGUUUGGAGGAAUGAUCGGUGCCAUAUUCAGCGCCAAAACUGCAUCUGCCUUGGGUAAUAAAAUGACGUUGUGGCUUGCCGAUUUAUUCUGCAUAUCUGGUUGGCUUUCAAUUGCACUAGCCAAGAGUAUUGUCUGGCUCGAUCUGGGAAGGUUUUUUGUGGGGAUUGGAGUUGGUCUCAUUAGCUACGUGGUUCCUGUAUAUAUUGCAGAGAUAACACCCAAGCAUAUUAGAGGUGCUUUUACAUUUAGCAAUCAGUUGUUGCAAAACUGUGGGAUAGCAAUCGCAUAUUACUUUGGAAAUUACUUGUCAUGGAGAAGUCUAGCCGUAAUUGGUAUAAUUCCAUGUGGGAUACAAGUUAUUGGUUUGUUUUUCGUACCUGAGUCUCCAAGAUGGCUGGCUAAAAAAGGUCGCUAUGAAGAGGUUGAAGUAGUUCUUCAGAAAUUAAGAGGGAAAGGACACGACAUUGUGUCUGAAGCUCGUGCAAUCAAGAUUUCAGUAGAAGUUUCAAAGCAAAAUUCGAAUACCAGCAUUCGUAGUCUUUUCCAAAAGAAAUAUGCUCAUCAACUUACAAUCGGCAUAGGUUUGAUGCUUCUGCAACAGCUAUGUGGAAUGUCAGGAAUAGGCUCUUACGGAAGCGCUCUAUUUAAACUUGGCGGAUUUCCUGCUCGGAUUGGGAUGACGGUGUUGUCUCUUAUCGUCGUACCAAAAUCGUUAAUGGGUUUAGUCCUCGUGGAUCGCUGGGGAAGACGACCACUUCUUAUGACUUCAGCAUUUGGAUUAUGCUUAAGCUCUAUCACGUUGGCGGUAGCUUUUGGAGUUAAAGAUAUUCCCGAGAUUCAAAACAUUACUCCAGUUUUCACUUUCAUCGGAAUAUUGUCAUUCACGAUGAUGUUUGCAUUUGGAAUGGGGGCGUUGCCAUGGAUUAUAAUGUCUGAGAUAUUUCCAAUGGAUAUAAAGGUUUUAGCUGGGAGUUUAGUGACCAUAGCCAAUUGGUUCACUGGUUGGAUCGCCAACUAUUGUUUCAAUUUUAUGUUGGUUUGGAGCCCAUCCGGAACUUUUAUUAUAUCAGCGAUAGUUUGUGGAGGGACAAUUGUAUUCACGUGGUUUUUGGUGCCAGAGACUCAAGGAUUAACGUUAGAGGAAAUCCAACUCUUGUUUGGUGGUGCUUAAGAAUUGAUUGGAUAUAGUAAGUAUAUACUAUGUAUAAAGGUUGAUUUGUACCACUUGCUCUGCACCUUAAACUAGGCUUCGUAUCAGUAAAUUUGAAGUUUCUAGUGUUUGAUUGAAUUUAUUAUAGAUUCUACUCUAUUCAUGAUAUUUUUUUUUGUGAUAUCAUUGUAUUUAUAUGUACAACUGAAUCUUAAUAUGUAUAUAAUGAGAUAUUGUUAUCAUGU